AUGGUCAAUAUCCAACCUCAAAACGCCACCGAGUCUGCAGUCAAUCAGUCUUGUGAGCCUAUUACAACCCCUGCGUCCUCGGAAUAUGAAGGCUUUGAUCACAAUGAAGUUAGACAGUUAGCAAAGAUCUUAACCAAUGAUAACGACGACUCUGCAAAGUCAAGUUUGGUCCGACAACUAUCGAAUAUGAGUAAUGUUCCUGGUGUAAACCCAUGUGACGCAAACAACCUCCCUCCUCAGCUAAAUCCAAAUUGUGAUCAAUUUGAUUCUAAGUUGUGGAUAAAAAAUUUGAAGAAACUCUAUGAAUCAGAUCCAGAAUAUUGGCAGCAUUCAAAGUUGGGUGUUGCAUAUACAAACUUGCGUGUAUAUGGGAUUGCAAACGAUGUUGACUACCAACCCACGGUCACGAAUCUACUUUGGAAAUUAGGUGGUGAAGCGUUUCGAAAGUAUUUUAGAAAAAAUGACAAGACCCAGUAUUUUGAUAUAUUGAAACCAAUGGAUGCCAUUAUGAGACCCGGAGAACCUACCGUAGUUUUGGGUAGACCGGGUGCUGGUUGUUCCACAUUACUAAAAACAAUUGCUGUCAACACGUAUGGAUUUCAUGUUGGCAAGGAAUCAAAGAUUUGCUAUGAUGGAUUAACUGCCCAUGAUAUAGAAAAGCAUUUCCGAGGCGAGGUCAUUUAUUCAGCCGAGACAGAGGUUCAUAUACCUCAUAUGACAGUUGGCGAUACUUUAGAAUUUGCUGCCCGGUUGCGAACUCCACAGAAUCGAGGUGAUAAUAUAGAUAGAGAAACUUAUGCUAAACGUAUGGCCGAUGCUUAUAUGGCAACAUACGGAAUUUCCCACACUAGAAAUACAAAAGUCGGUAAUGAUAUUGUGAGGGGGGUCUCUGGUGGAGAACGGAAACGUGUCUCCAUUGCCGAAGUCUCACUAAGUGGCGCUAAAAUCCAGUGUUGGGAUAAUUCGACCAGAGGGUUAGAUUCGGCUACUGCAUUAGAAUUUAUACGAGCAUUGAGAACCUCAGCCAAAAUUUUAGACUGCACUCCUGUGGUGGCAAUCUACCAAUGCUCGCAAGACGCUUAUGAUUUGUUUGAUAACGUUAGUGUUUUAUACGAAGGUUACCAAAUUUUCUUUGGUAAGGCUUCCAAAGCCAAAGAAUAUUUUGAAAAAAUGGGUUGGAAAUGUCAACCACGACAAACAACGGCUGAUUUUUUAACAUCAUUAACUAAUCCAGCGGAAAGACAGACUUUACCAGGGUUUGAAGAUAGAGUACCUCGGACUCCACAAGAAUUUGAAAGCUAUUGGAAACGCUCGCCAGAAUAUUCAGAACUCAUGGGCCAAAUUGAUGGAUAUUUUGUUGAUUGUGAAACCUUGAACACCAAAGAAGUUUUCCAUCAAGCACAUGUGGCCAAACAGUCAAAUCAUAUUCGCCCUUCUUCACCAUAUAGAGUUUCCUUUUUUAUGCAAAUUAAGUAUUUGGUUGGGAGAAAUUUUAAACGAUUAAAAGGUGACCCAUCAUUGGCAAUUUUUAGGGUCUGUGGACAAAUAAUAAUGGGGCUCAUUUUGUCAUCGGUGUUUUAUAAUUUGCAGUCGACAACAGAAUCAUUUUAUUAUCGUGGAGCAGCAUUAUUCUAUGCUGUUUUAUUUAAUGCAUUCUCCUCAUUGUUGGAAGUCAUGACAAUGUAUGAAGCUCGACCAGUUGUUGAAAAGCAUCGGAAAUUUGCCUUGUAUUGUCCUUCUGCUGAUGCCUUGGCGAGCAUUAUAUCUGAAUUACCAGUGAAAUUAGCCUCGUCAAUUUCAUUCAACCUUGUUUUUUAUUUUAUGGUAAAUUUACGACGUGACCCAGGCCGGUUUUUCUUUUAUUGGUUAAUGAAUAUAUGGGCAACAUUGGUGAUGUCCCAUUUUUUCCGGACCAUUGGUGCUGUGACGACGUCAUUGGCCGGAGCAAUGACCCCAUCAACCAUCUUAUUGUUAGCCAUGGUUAUUUAUACUGGGUUUGUAAUUCCUAAACCAAGUAUGUUGGGAUGGGCCAAGUGGAUUACUUAUAUUAAUCCCGUAAGCUAUAUAUUUGAGUCGAUUAUGGUCAAUGAGUUUUAUGAUCGUCAAUUUGAAUGUUCACAAUAUAUUCCGUCUGGACCCGGAUAUGAAAAUGUUGAUUCUAAAAAUAAAGUGUGCACUGCUGUGGGGUCAGUUCCAGGAGAACCAUUUGUCAACGGAACCAACUACUUGAAAUAUGCUUACGAAUAUUAUAAUUCCCACAAAUGGAGAAAUUUGGGUAUUGCUAUUGCAUUUGCUGUUGUAUUCUUGGGAGUUUACAUUUGGUUAACUGAGUAUAAUAAGGGGGCAAUGCAAAAGGGUGAAAUUGUAUUGUUUCUCAAAAGUGGCUUGAAAAAACACAAAAGAAAAAAUCAAAAAGCUACUGGUACUGCUCUUGAAGAUAUUGAAACGGGUAAAUUUAGCAAUGACAAAUUAAUUUAUCCAAGUGACAUUGAAGAAGAAGAAGGAGGUGCUACUGAUAAGAGACUCAAUCUUUCCGGCACUGACAACCGACCAGAGAUUUUUUUCUGGAAAGAUUUGACAUACCAAAUUCGGAUCAAAAAAGAGGAUCGGAUUAUUUUAGACCAUGUUGAUGGUUGGGUUGUUCCUGGGCAAAUCACGGCAUUAAUGGGUGCUACUGGUGCUGGUAAAACCACCCUUUUAAAUUGCUUAUCGGGGAGACUAACUGUUGGUGUUGUCACGGAAGGAGCAAGAUUGGUCAAUGGGCAUUCACUAGACUCAUCUUUCCCAAGGUCAAUUGGGUAUGUUCAACAACAAGAUUUACAUUUACCUACUUCAACUGUAAGAGAAGCGUUUCGGUUUUCAGCAUAUUUACGACAACCCAACUAUGUGUCCAAACAAGAAAAAGAUGAAUAUGUCGAAUACAUAAUUGAUUUAUUGGAUAUGAAAACCUAUGCUGAUGCUAUUGUUGGAGUCGCUGGUGAAGGUUUAAAUGUUGAACAGAGGAAAAGGUUGACUAUUGGUGUUGAAUUAGUUGCUAAACCUAAAUUGUUGUUAUUCUUAGAUGAACCGACAUCAGGGUUAGACUCUCAAACUGCCUGGUCGAUUUGUAAAUUGAUGAGAAAGUUGGCUAAUCAUGGACAAGCUAUAUUGUGUACCAUUCAUCAACCAUCAGCUCUUAUUAUGGCUGAAUUUGAUAGACUUUUAUUUUUGCAAAAAGGUGGUCAAACGGUGUAUUUUGGAGAGUUGGGACAGAAUUGCCAAACCAUGAUUAAUUAUUUCGAAAGAAAUGGUGCUGAUCCAUGUCCUAAGGAAGCCAAUCCAGCAGAAUGGAUGUUAGAAGUUGUUGGUGCUGCUCCUGGAUCUCAUGCUAAGCAAGAUUAUUUUGACGUAUGGAGAAACUCUAAUGAAUAUCAAGUUGUUAAAGACGAAAUUAGUAGAAUGGAAAUUGAGUUAUCAAAAUUAUCACCGUUACCGCUGUCAUCUAAUGGACGUGAUGAAAAAGAAUCCCGAUUGACAUAUGCGUGUCCACUUUGGAAACAAUAUUUGUUGGUAACGUGGAGAACUAUAGUUGAAGAUUGGCGAACUCCAGGGUACAUUUAUUCCAAACUUUUCUUGGUGGUUUCGUCGUCAUUAUUCAAUGGGUUUUCCUUUUUUAAAGCAGAUAAAACUAUCCAAGGGUUACAGAAUCAAAUGUUUGCCAUUUUCAUGUCAUUUAUUCCAUUCAAUACUUUGUUGCAACAAAUGCUACCAUUUUAUGUGAAGCAACGAGAUUUAUUUGAAGUUAGAGAAUCCCCUGCUAGGACUUUUAGUUGGUUUGCGUUUAUUGCUGCACAGAUAACUUCGGAAAUUCCUUUCCAAAUAGUUCUUGGUACCAUUGCAUAUUUUUGUUGGUAUUAUCCAGUUGGGUUAUAUGUUAAUGCUGAGCCAACCAACCAAGUGGUCAGUCGUGGAGUCUUAACUUGGUUAUUGCAGGUAUCAUUUUAUGUUUAUGUUUCGACCAUGGGACAUUUAUGUAAUUCGUUUCUUGAGCUACCUGAUGCUGCGGCUAAUUUGGCAAAUUUAUUGUUUUCAUUAUGUUUGAUGUUUUGUGGGGUCUUGGCUGGACCCAGUCAGCUACCACGAUUUUGGAUCUUCAUGUAUCGAUGCAAUCCAUUUACUUACCUAAUUCAAGCAAUAUUAUCCACCGGGUUGGCCAAUACCAGAGUUGUAUGUUCUGAGCAUGAAUAUGUGGUUAUUGAGCCGCCUGCAGGUCAAACUUGUCAAGAAUACAUGCUGGUAUUUAUAACGAUGCAUGGAGGUUAUCUAUUACAGUCAAACAAUGGUGCUGCAGAGUCAGGGACAUGUAGCUAUUGUACAAUGGAUGAAACCAAUACGUUCUUGAAAUCGGUCAAUGCAUUAUUUAGUCAACGGUGGAGAAACUACGGUAUUUUUAAUGCAUUUAUUGUUAUUAAUGUUGCUCUUGCGAUUUUCUUUUAUUGGUUAGCUAGAGUUCCCAAAGGCAAUAGAGAAAGUAGAAUCAAACAUAGAAAGGAAGAAUAA